UUUGUCUCUAUUAAUCGGUGGAAAAUAAGCUAGGGAUUGGAGUUUUUCUUUUUUUCCUGUCGUUUUUGUUCGUUAUUUGCAAUGAAAUUAUGUAAAAAGAUUGGAGAUCUGAUUAAGUUAAUGAUUUACUAAUUUAAUGUAAUAAUAGGAUUAUAGUAUAUAAAUUAUAUAGGAAUAUAUAUGUGACUAACUCUAUUUUCCCAAUAUAAUUCUAAUUAAAAAAAAAAAACUUGAUUAGCUACCCAUUCCCCCAAUUCGUCUCUCCCCAUUUCUUCACUCUGCAUCUCGCCGCCUCUAUCCUCUGCCCUCUCCCUCUCGCCGCCGCAGCGCCACCCGUCUCUAAGGUCUCGUUGUAUUCGCUGAACAAGUGAAAAGGAGGUUUGCUAUUGAUUACACUAGUGAAUCGGUGUGUUGCAAGAUGCUGAGCUCGACUGUUGUCAAGAAAUUGAAACCUUCAAACUCAUCCUUGGAUUCUCUAAGCUACCAGUUCCUGCAGAGAUGCUCUGUCAGUGGCACAGCGAAGGGGAAAGGUAAGAUCAAAACCGGGCAGCCUUUGAAGCGAUCAAAGGUCACUACGAAAAAGGGGUCAGCAUCCGAUCCAUCUGCGAAAGAAGGGCCGAGGAAGAAGAGCAGUUUUGAUGAAAUGGUUGAGCAAUGUCUGACUUCCACUGCACCACUGAGGUUCUUGAAGACCAAAGAAAAGGAGAGAGAAGCCGAGCGAGAGAUGAUGGGGCUCAUAAGCAAGGCGAACGAGCAGGCAAAAGAGAAACUAAAGAAACAAAAGGAUGAAUUCACUUCACCUUGGAUCAUAGGAACUUCGGGUUUGGAUUAUAUUACUUUAGGGUUAGUCGAUGCCGAUAAGAUCCCAAAGUACGAACUGACUGUGGAGGACGGACGGAGGCUUGCAAAGGAGUACAGUAGGACCCUGAUGAGGAAACAUAGAGCAAGGCAGGCGGCAGAGACAGCACUGUUGCAGUGUAAGAAAGAAGCUAUUGAGGCAUUGCCCGAGCAUCUCAAAGCGGCUGCUUUAGUCCCGGAUUUAACUCCUUUUCCAGCGAACCGAUUUAUGGCAGCACUGACCCCACCAAUCGAAGGCUAUAGCGAGAAGAUCAACGAGGCAGCACGGAAGAGUAUUGAAGGGAAGAAGCGCAGAUGAUAAGAGGCGACGCCUCAGCGUGGCUUUGCAACUUCAAUUUGCAGUGAUCUUGGGCUUACGAUGACUAAUUUUCUUGCAACGGUUCGUUUCUAUGUAGCUUUGGUUAGUUAAGUCACUAUGCAUUGCUGCAAAUAAGAAUUUAGCAGUAGUCAUAUUAGCAUUCUUCAGUGGCUGUUUUGACUUGCUACUCUUUUUUGAAUGAUAAUUGCGAAUCAUUGUGGAUCA